AUGUGGGAACGCCUGCAGUCUUUUGCUACACAGUCAAAGGCUACACACGAUUCGAACUCAACAACAGACACACCAUCAACAAGUGAGCCCCGUUUGGAAGGAACCUGGAGUAGGAUCGGUUCAACUAGAGCAGAUUCUCACGAAAAAGAGCACACAUCAGCAGCAGCGUGUGAGCACAAGUCGAUUGGCGACAAGGCGUCCCGAGGUGAAGCUACAGGCUUUGCGAGUGCUGCCGAGUCGCAUCGGUCUCCUGGACCAACUCCACGAAGCCAUCGGUCCGCAACUGCGCCGAACGAGCAGCAGCAACGACGACAACAACAGCGUCCUGCUCCAGCUAACAAAGGAGGCCGUUUGGAAACGAGCAACAACAGGACGGAGCCGAGUUCCGCGCCCAGGGGUCCCUCAGACGACGCUCAAGAGCCAGCAGUGAGCUCGCUCAGAGAAAGACCGCUAGGCUUUGGUCAAACGGUAGCUCCCGCCUGCUCCAGCACAGAACUGAGCGACUCGCGUGCUGAAACCGGGUCCGAGUCGGUGUGCCUCGUGUGUCGGGAGCGAGCAACCUUCUGGGCGAUUGGCUCGUGUGCACAUCGAAUCUGCUUACUCUGUGCACAUCGCAUACGAUGCCUCUAUCGUCUUCGUCGUUGUGUGGUCUGCAAUCAGGACCUAGAGGAAAUGCUUGUCAUACCUGCGGGUGAAAUGCAAUCGUCCCCGGAGCUGAAACAGGAUGCAACCACAGACAGCAACCCCGAUAUCGCGCAGGACAUGUGGGACGCAACAGCCGCCAUGAAGUACUCAAAUCGAACAGCAUGGGAGCAAAUGCGCGCCCUGCAGAUUCCCACUUGUCCUGCUUGCGGCUUCCAGAGUGCGAGUCCGUCGGGACUGCGACGCCAUGUGCAGAAGACGCAUCCCAGUUAUGCUCUUUGUGAGGUCUGUGCCGGCUCUGGUCGUAAGUACUGGGCAGAGCUGCGGUUGUAUCCUGUACGAACGAAAGCAGUACAUUCCCGAGCUGCUCGAUCAUCACCAGAAGAGCGAAUGUCUGGCGGUUCGCGGGAUGGAACCUUGCGGGAUCACCUGCGAUCCGAACACGCUGAAUGCCGGUUUUGCAAGAGAUUCUACUACGAUGAUGAUGCGCUCUACGAGCAUCUGACCCAGUCGCAUGAAACCUGUGCGUUAUGUGAAAGAGAUGGGAUUCAGUAUGUGUACUAUCGCAAUUUUGAAGCACUCGAGGAGCACUAUCGUUCUGCACAUUAUGUUUGCGAUGCCCCAAGCUGUCGUGGUCUGGCGUUCGCAACGCUUCUGGAUCUGCAAGCGCAUCAGCGGCGUGCCUGUCCGGGGGCGCAUCAGAGUACCGCUUCGAGCGCAACAGCCUUGGGCCGAACGUUCCGAUUUCAGGAGCUUCAGCAGCAGCAGCAGCAGCAGCAGCGUUCAGGACAGAGUUCCUGGAACGUCAGCGAGACGAGUAGCGCUCGACAGUAUGACGGAAUCAUCCACCGAAGGGAUGAACCAACCAUCACAGCAGCACGUCGACGAGGCUUUUCGGGUUCUGCUGUGGUAUACGCCAGUGCGACAGAAUCGACGACGGAGCAGGUCGCCCUGCGCAGAACCCCUGAGACAUCGGAAAGCCGCAACAGGCAACGGCAGACUGUCGACCAGCGACCUCGCACCGAUCACGAUACCCUGCCGUGUGACUCUAUGGCACAUGCAGCGGACGCCCGAUAUCGACCAUACGAGACGAAUGCCAGCAACAGUGACCCCAGGUUUGCAACAAGUAAUCCGGGUAUUGGCACCAAUCAUCGGCAGCGUCAAGCGCUCGACACAGAGGUCGCUCAUUCCAGUCGAGACGUCCAAAGCCAGCGUGCUGGAGAUGCUGAAUUCAGGACCGCUGCUGAUCAUGCAAUGCAUCCGAUUCCGAAAACAGAAGAGGAAGCCAUGCGACGCGGUGCACGGCUGCUUGAGCGCGUCAAGGCGCUCCUGCGAGCGGAGUCUCCCGGGGGUCAGGAGAGCUGGCUAGCGUUCUGCGCGCACUGUGAGCGCCUGGUGCGUGGGGAACUCCAAGCGGGAGCAUGCGUUCAGGCACUCGAACGCCUUUUAAUGGAAAGCGGCGCAUCCAGGUCGGUAGCUGCGGCUAUCUUAUUCGAAAUGUGCGCACUACAGCCCGAUCCGCGACUGCGAGAAGCGCUCUUCGCUGCCUGUAGAGCGCUGGCCGCGCACCCUCGGGUCCAAUCAAAUGAAGCGCCGCCUGCAGGGAAUCUUCCUGCGACACGAACGCUUUCCAGUGUCGUCAGGAACACGAAUGCUCAUCAGUUGUCGAGCAAUGCUCGUGCCCGUGCCCAAAUACCGCCGGGGCCCGACGCGUUUCCGUGCCUGCGUCGGACGUCGACACCAGCGGCUGCGGCAGAUGCCUCAACGCAUGCGUCCGCGACGGAGCGGCGAGGCAGGCUAUCGGCAUCAGCGCGUAUCGAUGCAUCGGCACCCGGAGAAGGUGCGCACAACCUGUCGAAUUCCAUUUCGGAUACGGAGAAUGCACUUGCCAUGAUGCGUGUCGGGGGCGUUGAAUCCCCCGGCACGCCACAGCAGUCGUGCAAUGCAGGACGGUCUGCGGUGAGCAGCAGUGCACAGGCAACGCGCUUUGAUGGUGGCACGCUGUUCGAACCGGGUCGCGGUGGAAAGGUGCUUCAUGUUGCACAGCUAGCGCGUGAACAUCAAGCGCAACGCCUUGAGCGAGGCGUUUGGAUUGGUCGCAGGGGUUUCGCCUGGGAACACGAGCGUGAUGCCCAGCGUCGUCUAGCUGCCAAGACGCAACUGAAGGAUAUCGCUGCGACACGCUCCCCAGAGUCAUCCGCGUCCUAG